CAUUUCUCACAUCACCUGUUCACAAGGGAAGACUUUUAGAGCUUAUCUAUCAGCCUCAGGACUUGACGGAGACUGAAGACACAACCCUAUAAUUUCAUGGCAACCCUAAACCCCAGCAAUGACUGCUCAGACUCAGAGCAGUCCCAUUUGAAAAUGAAUUCGAUGGAGAGUCACGCAGGGAGUGAUCUCCCUGCUUCCCACACCUUCCACAAAGAGACCAAAGCCCCCUCCAAAGGUUGUAUCUGUUGCCGUGAGACGACAACCUUCUAUGACGGAUGUGUUGUAGGUUCUUCAGUCAACAACCUCCCUAUGAUUGAAGAACCAGAUGACACACAAACUCUAGGAAGAUACAUGGACAACAAAUACAGCAUUGAGGACAACCCAAACCAUGUGUGUACACCAAGCACUGAUGUGGAAGGGAAUGAGGACACAGACUCAGACAGUGAAGGCACAGGAGCUGAUCAGAUUGUCACUGCCAAUGACCUGCAGAUAAAUAUGAAUUCAACAUACAGAGGGCAACAGAUUGACCCCACGGAUGGUUGGCCAGAAAGUCAGCUUGUCAUUCUUGAACCCCCUGAGAAACGUAAAAAAGAUCGUAACAAUGAGGAGAACAAAGAAGAAAGUGAAUAUCAGGAAGCUAAUAAACAAGUUGAAAACUGUGAAAACCAAGCUGAGGGCAUGCUAAUGCAAUCAACUGAACAAGAAAAAAAGGACACCGAAAAACAGAACACCAAAGAAACCCAGAGUAAUGAAGAAGUAUAUGCAGAGCUUCAUGAACAAAUUCAGGUGUAUGAAAGACCUGAUAACACCAUGCUACCUGAUUCUCAUGAGGACGACAGAAAAGAGCAGAAUGAGAACCACAAGGAGAAGGAAGAAAUACAAAACAAUGAAGAAUAUCAGGAACCUGGUAAAUAAAAUCAGAACAAUAACAAAGCUGAUGACCUCCUGCUUCAGGGACUCCCUGAGAAAGAUUUCCACCUGGGCAGCAGUGCCCCUCCUCAUCCGGCUCAGGUCCCUUGUGAAGAACACCAUACACACGAGGACCUGCCUAACUGCAAACCACAGGAAAAUACAGAAGUCACCCAGGUCUCAGAGAUGCCAGUGACGGUCAAGGAAGAUGAACUUGCUGAGCAGAAGCUGAAGACCAGCACCAAGGAGUCCUCCUGGGUCUCCUCGGGGCAGUCAGAGGAGGGCGCCACUCGGUCUGACACACAAACCACUGUAUGAACUUGAGGCAGGCCUUCCACUGGCUCCAGAAAAGAGUCCUCACUUGUUUGGGGAGGAGAGUGAGGGUCAGCAGCCCAUGAAAAACCCCAACCAAGAAAAAUCUUCAUACCUCUGAGUAUAUUCACCCCAAAGAAACCCCCACUGAUUAGCAUAAUCCCAA